CCAACAUGGCAGCGUCCUUCAGUAGCAUGUUUUUGCUGUCAUGAAGGAGCCUGACAUUGGUUUGCCUUGCAAGUUGCAGUGAUAGUGGAUUACUGGAUGCUGUCAAGACAGUAUACAACAUGGAUAGAAGGGAAUUCACCGCAUCUCUUGUGGCAGGUGGCUGCGCUGGGAUGUGUGUGGACCUCACGCUCUUCCCUCUGGACACCAUUAAGACCAGACUGCAGAGCCAGCAGGGUUUCUACAAGGCAGGGGGUUUCCGAGGCAUCUACGCAGGGGUCCCGUCGGCAGCCGUAGGCUCCUUCCCAAAUGCUGCGGCGUUCUUCGUCACGUACGACAGCGUCAAGUCCCUGUUCGGGACAUCAGCCUCAUCACCCAUGGCACCCGUCACUCACAUGAUCGCCGCCUCCCUCGGAGAAAUAGUGGCCUGCUUGAUCCGUGUGCCCACCGAGGUGGUGAAGCAGAGAACGCAGGCGUGCCCCACGUCCAACACAUACCAGGUGCUACUGGCAACACUCAGGGAGGAGGGCUUCAGGGGUCUGUAUCGGGGUUACGGCAGUACAGUACUGAGAGAGAUCCCUUUCUCUCUGGUGCAGUUUCCUCUAUGGGAGUACUUAAAGACUCUCUGGUCAUGGCAGCAAGGUCACACGCUGUAUUCUUGGCAGGCUGCAGUGUGCGGAGCAUUUGCAGGUGGAGUCGCGGCGUUCGUCACCACCCCUCUGGACGUGGCCAAGACGCGGAUCAUGCUGGCUAAGGCUGGGACGAGUACGGCGAGUGGGAGGAUCCCCCAGGUGCUGUACGAGGUGUGGCAGAGUCGCGGCAUGAGCGGGCUGUUUGCUGGCAGUAUUCCCCGCAUGACGUUCAUCAGCGUGGGUGGCUUCAUCUUCCUGGGCGCCUACGAGAAGGUGCGGCGCUCCAUGCUCUAGCAGCCCAGGAGAGAAGAGGAGCACCAUCAGGGCCUGAAUUACAC